AUGGACACUGAUAGGUCUAGGAAUUCUUGUACCAUGCCUCCCGCAAAGGCCAAGAAGAAAGAAACAAAACCUGCAACGCCGAAACAGACGGAAACAGCACACGCCCGUCCGAACUGGCCGCCUCUGCGUCCACUAGUCCCCGCGUCCGAUCUGUCUCUCGAGUCCAUCCUCGACGAGCAGAUCUACAUCAUCCGCAACUUCUUCACGGCCAACCUGUGCAAGAGCUACGUCUCGUUCCUGUCGUCGUUGCCGCUGGUCACAACGCCCGCCAAACCCAAGAGCAAGGAUGAGGCGGUGCGCAUCAAUGACCGGUUUCAGGUCCAGGAUCCCGUCUUCGCGGAGACACUGUGGAGUGGGACCGCGUUGAAGGAGCUUGUUCUUGAACGGCGGGGUCUUGAGGAUGAAGAGCAGGAAAAAGACCCGAACGAAGAAGAAGAAAAGAAUCGCCAGGUCUGGGGCGGGACGCCUCUGGGGUUGAACCCCAAUAUUCGCAUCUAUCGAUACUCGCCAGGGCAGUUUUUUGCACAGCAUUUCUUCAGUCUUAAGCAUCUAUUGGAUGACGACUCCAACACUCUUCAAUUCUCCUCACCAUCCUCAUCAGGAUCUGUUCCUGCUCGCACCACGUGGACCCUCCUCGUCUACCUGACCACGGCUGAAGGCGGCGAGACCGUCUUCUACCCGGAAGGCGGGUCAGAGCCUAUCUCCGUGGCGCCGGAGGUGGGCAUGGCGUUGUUGCAUCGGCAUGGGGAGCGCUGCCUGCUGCACGAGGGGAAGGAGGUGCGGCGUGGCGAGAAAUGGGUUGGACGCCCAAAAUGGAAGGAGGGACCGGUUCCACCUGAUUCCAGCUGUUCCUUCCGUUUCGCGGUCGGGAGGCCGGCAGGAGGCGAAGCAGUCACGAUCUCUAGCAUUGAAUCCUCGUCCUGGCAGACAACGCGGCGCUCCCCUCGCGCUAAACCCGAACGGGGCUGUCCGGCGGGCGACAGACACCGGAUUGGCAGCCGCGGUUGCGACUGCAACGGGAUCCAAUCAGCGCUGCAAACAGGCCCGUGUCGGCGCCGUCCUUCGCCUUUGCCUUUUUGCCUCUGCUUCUUGAGAUGGCCUGGCCUCACCUCACCGCCCUGCUCUGGUUCUUCUCCCUGCUCUGGCCCUGUUUCCCAGCUGCAGCAGCCUGUCAUGUCGUCCUUGCAGACCAUGACAGCGCCCGCGGUCGGCCAUCGCCCGCCAGAUCCGGGCAUUGAUAUCGACAAGCCUCUCGACGACCUUGUCGGCGCCGUCAAGCCCGACCCGGACCGUCCUGUCGCAACCCCGCGCGAUGCUAACAACAGCGACUCCGCAAUAGACGCCCUGCAACAAGAUCUACCGCCCCAGGUGAAGACUGAGCCUUCCCAGAGCGAAGAGAACGUCUUGCUCCCCGGCAGCCAUGGUGAUCUGGCCGUGUCCGGCGGUGGACAGAAGGAGGAAUCCCAUGCGGACCCGGCCUUGGGCAAACCUCCAGAUGACGACGAUCUGGAACGACAGCAACGCGAGAAGCAAUCCGCCGCAAAUUCCCUGCUGGCCCAGCUUCUCGGAGGCGCUGCGCCGCCACCAGCACCCUCCGCCGCGUCCGCCGCGGACAACAAUGUACCUCCGACCCCCCUGCCCGAGCCGUUAACAGAUGCGUCGACUCCAGUGGCACCUGCGGAUGAGCUUUCGACGAAUGAGCCAGACAAGGUACCGGCGACGGACCCGGUUGUCACGCAGGAUGAAUCUGCAUCAAAAGUGGAAAUGCUAGAGUCGGCAGAAAAUGGGCAGGAAAGUCACGGAUCGUCGGGAGAUCCAUCGAUGGGGCAGCAGACAGAGGAGGCUUCCUCUACGAAAAUCCCAGACAUGGUCACCGGGGUGAUGGAGGAUCCUUUGUCCAAGACCAGCAAUAACCAUACGGGCCUGUUUCCCACAUUCGACCCUGAAGCUGCCCCAAAGGACGCCGUCGAAGCUCUGCAGCAGCACGAACUGCUCAACUCGGCCUACUUGGGCCAAGGCAUGGACCUGUCUGGUCUGCCCGAGAUUCCAGGUUACUCGAAUACCAAUACUUACAAUAACGCGCCGGCGGCGUCGAUCGCGGGUUCAGAACCCCGAAUCCAGGCUUUUGCCAAGCUGGAGUUCGAUGACGGGCAUUUCUACGUCAACACAUACUCGUUCAUCCUCGGACGAGAUGUGCGAGCGGCACGUGCAGCAUACCAGCGUGAAUUGCAGGCACGACAGGCUAUGGGAAGAACAAAGAACAAAAGCUCUAGUGGUGGCAACGCAUCCCAUACUCCGAACCGGGUGAAGCGGGAAGGGAGCGCAAUCAUAGGGAGCGUCGUCAGUGACCGCGGUGGCAUCAUGGGCUUUGAUCCUGAUGUUCCCCCUCAUCUGCCUCAACUGAGCCGAAAAUCCUCCAACUCCGAUCAUGCCGAACAUGCCACCCCGGCCCAGUUGCAGGCGAACCACACCGACUACAAUGCUCUGGCGAUGCAGUCCCUCUACGAAGGAAGUGGUGAUGCGAAGCCUGUUGACACGUUGGCAUUGCUGCCUUCUCCGGAUGCGUGUCCGACCAUUCCAAUCCACCCGCCGGCCACCGCGGAUGGCAGCGCUGCGGGGCACAAAGGGAUAUCACGGAAACACGUCAAGAUUGCCUACAACUUUGACAAGAAUUACUUCGAGAUGGAGGUCAUUGGGAGAAACGGCGCCUUUAUCGGGGCUGACUGGCUCGCGCCAGGGCAGAUCAGACCGCUGCAUAGUGGCGAUUACAUCCAGAUUGGAGGCGUGCGGAUCCGAUUUUUGCUUCCGGAUGUGCCCAUUGGAGAAACCGGCGCGGAUCGGGUCGAGGAAUCCUACACGGAGGAGGACCAGAAUGCGUUGGCCGGAACCACUGUCGGCGACACCGCUGUCAAAGCAGACGGGGUUGAAGCCUCUGGCGCAGACGGCACAAACGGUGCAAACGGCGCAGACAAUGAGGAGAAACCAAAGGUGACCAAGAUUGUCUUGAAGACCAAGGAUAAGGACAAGGACAAGGACAAGGAGAAGGAGGAGAAGAAGGAGCCAGACCCGUCCCAGCCAACACCCUCGAUCGAGGGGCCCCCCGAGACUCCGCAGCCACCGCGUCGUCGCGGACCAGGACGCCCUCCAAAGGAUGGCAUCAUGUCGAAACGCGAACGGGCCGAGAUUGCCAGGGAACAGAAGUUGGCCGCCAAACGCGAGGCCAACGGUGGUGUCACGCCUCCGCCGUCCAACCGGUCGAAGCAGCCGAAGCCGCGCAAGGAGGAUUCCACCGAGGAUGCGGCCAAACAAGAGAAACGAAAGUACACCAAGAGGAAACAGCCCGAUGGGAGCGACGUGCCUGUCCAGUCUGUUGAAGGUGGCGAGGUUCCUCCCGAUCAGCUCCCAGAAUCUAAGCCUCCUCCGCCCAAGAAACGCAAGCCGUCCCGGUCUCCAUCGCCCGACUAUCCUCCUGAAUCCGCCUACACUCCAGAAGACUUGGCUAAGCCUCCUUAUAACUACGCUGUCUUGAUUUUUGAUGCCCUGACUGAGGCUCGCGCGCCAAUGACGCUCAAACAGAUCUAUCGGGCUCUGAAGCUGAAGUAUCCGUAUUUCCGCUUCAAAUGUGAGACGGAAGGCUGGACGUCCAGUGUGCGCCAUAAUCUGAACGGCAACAGCCACCUUUUUAUGCACGCAGAGCGAGAUGGGAAAGGGUGGUCGUGGCAGCUUCGUCCUGGUGCGUCGGUGGAAAAGGAGAAGAAGAGAAGGCCGUCCCCUCCGCCUCCGCCUCCGCCAUCUCAUGUUUCCCACCCUGCUCCCGGUACUUCUGCUCCUCCUCAUCAACAACAUUAUAUGCCUCCUCCCUCCCAUCCUUAUGCCGCUCCUGCGGGGGCUCCGAAUCAUCCUCAAAACCAGCAAUACCAAUACCCAUCGAUGCCCUCCAAUCCUUAUAACGGUUCUGCGCCUCAACAUUCCAGUCCUUAUCCACCUGCACCUGCACACCCGUCUCAGGUAUCUCUGCCGCCUCCAUUACGAAACACUAAUAUUCCCGCCGCCUUUCUCCAGCCCGGACCUACUACCUACACAUCUCCUUAUCCUUGUGAACUCCCUCCAGAGAUUGUCCAGCUUCAGCAGCAGGAGCAACAGCAGCAGCAACAACAACAACAGCAACAACAACAGCAACAGCAACACCAGCAACACCAGCAACAGCUGGAGCUGCGCCGACAAGGUGAAUCUGCGCCGAUGCAACCACAGCAACCGCAACAUCCGGCUCCUUACGUUCCGCCACCAAAUCCGUCUCAAUUCUCAAAUACGAAUCACCCUGCACCUCCUCCACCGGCCCCGCCCUUCCAAUACCCUCAAUCUCAACCUCCUCAGGCGCAACCGCCGCAGUACCCGAAUCCGAUGCAGCCGAGUUCUGCACCGCCGGAGCAGCCGGCGAUGCAGAAUGAUGAUGACGCGGAAUCGGCAAUGUCGUUUACCGAGCGAGCAAACAAGGCUAUUGAUGACUUUGAGGCGGUGCUCAUGGAGGACUACGAAGACAAGGAGUACAUUCGGGAAGUUCUCAAAAGUGCUCGAGCUCGGGCUCUUGGACAUGCUGAGGAAAGCUCGUUCCCGGGCGGUGAACCGAAGGACGAGGCUGUCAUCUUGGACGCUUUAAAGAAUCUGAUCGGAAGUUUAAAGGGCGAACAAUGA